GCUCCGCCGUUGCCGCGUGGCGGUGCACAGGUUGCUGUUGCAGGGCUUACGAGAGGAAAGUGUGGUGCUGCUUGAGAGAGACAGGAUGGGCGUUGCGCACUCCUCCCAGGGGCUCACCUGCCUGGAGAAUCCGCCGAAAAAGGACACCGGGCACUCACAGGCGGACGGGACGAGAAAACGCUGGGCCAGGUGCGGAGGGGAAGUCGAGGAAAGGGUGGACAACUUCGCUUCCGGCUUGGAGCAGGAGGGUCUCACGCCACCCAACCCCGACGGCAUGAAGCUGCUGGCCCUGUACUCGAGGAACAGGCCGGAGUGGAUUAUCGCAGAACAGGGGGGGAUUUCUUACCCCUCCGACAGCGGAACUCCUAUCAGGAUUCUCAUGAAGGCGGCGUUCGCCCACUCUGCCCUGACCGUGCCUCUCUACGACACGCUCGGGCCGGAGACCGUUGAGUUCGUGAUAACCCAGACAAGCCUCACGACGGUGGUGUGUUCGGGCGUAGCAGAGCUGCGGAAGCUGGUGGCCAUUGCGGACGGGGGGCGGUGCCCGUCGCUAAAGACGGUUGUGGUGAUGGACGGCAUCAGCGAGAGGGAGAGGAGAGAGGCCGUGCGCGCGGGUCUGCGGGUGUACGCCUUCGCGGAAGUGGAGGGGAUAGGGGCCUCGCACGCUCACCCGCACCGCCCACCGGGGCCCAACGACCUGGCCACGUUCUGCUACACGUCGGGAACGACCGGAAACCCCAAGGGGGCGUUGCUGACCCACCGCAACUUCAUCGCGGACUCGGCGGCCGCGGAGUUGAUGGAGACCUUCAACGCCGACUCGACGGACGUGUACCUCUCGUACCUGCCGCUCCCCCACAUCUUCGAGCGGAUGGUGCAGGUGGCCAUUCUCAACGUAGGUGCGGCUGUGGGCAUUUUCCGGGGCGACCCUACACUGCUGGUGGAAGACAUGCAGGCGCUUCGACCGACCGUCAUGGCGGCUGUUCCGAGGGUCCUCAAUCGCUUGCACGACAAGAUCGUGCAAGGCAUGCUGGCCGCGGGGGGCCUAAAGACCAAGCUGUUCGUCAAGGCUUGCGAGGCCAAGGUGCAAGGACUGCACGAGGGCCGCCUGACGCAUGCCCUGUGGGAUAAGCUCGUCUUCGGCAAGAUCAAGGCAGCUCUUGGUCUCGAUCGGAUCCAGAUGAUGGUAACCGGGUCAGCUCCCGUGGCGGCCCACGUCCUCACCUUCAUGAGAAUCCUGAUAGGAGUUCCGCUGUUGGAGGGAUAUGGGCAGACCGAAACCACGGCUGGUUCGACCAUGACCCAGAGCGGCGACUUCUCUGUGGGCCACGUCGGCGGCCCGUUCAGCUGCACCGAGAUCUGCCUUAAGGACGUCCCCGAGAUGGGCUACCGACACACGGACACGUGGCACGGGGGUGACCCGAGGGACGCCGGUGGCGGCGGCGAGGCGUGCGAGGGCAGAGGAGAGAUUUGCUUCCGUGGGUGCAAUGUGUUUGUGGGGUACUACAAAGACGAUGAGAAGACGCGAGAGGCUUUCGACGAAAACGGCUGGCUAAUGUCGGGGGACAUCGGCAUGUGGAAUUUAGAUGGGGCGCUGAAGAUUAUCGACCGCAAGAAGAACAUCUUCAAGCUUUCCCAGGGGGAGUACGUGGCUCCCGAGAAGUUAGAGAAUAUCCAUACCCAGAGCCCCCUCGUGGCCCAGUCGUACGUGCACGGUGACAGCCUGCGGAGCUCCCUCGUCGCUAUAAUCGUGCCGGACCCGGAUGCCGCCGCCGGUUGGGCGGACGCGAACGGAUGCGGAAACGCCUCGAUGGUGGAGCUCUGCCGAAACCCAGGCUUGAAAGCAGAUGUGAUGCUGGAGCUGGAGACCGUUGCUGAGAGAGCCGGACUGCAGCGGUUCGAGAAGGUCCGAGCUAUUCACUUGGAGCCUGAUCCUUUUAGCGCUCAGAACGGCCUGCUCACGCCGACGUUCAAGCUCAAGAGGGCGCAGGCGCUGGAGGCGUACUCCAAGGUCAUCGCGGCACUGUAUGCUGGUUUAGAGGCAGGGGGCCCGACGUCCAGACUGUGAUUUCCUUGUGUUGGUGUUGUCGACAUGUUCUCGGGCCAGGAAGACGACUUUCCUCGCAGACAGCAUGGGUUGUUUACUUGCCCGCGAUCUCGGAAGCGUGUCAAAUCAGCUCCUCGAGUCGACCGGGCCAUGUUGCCUCCUAGACUAGAUGCACCUCCGUCAUUUGGCCUUCUAUUGUCUACACCAUGGGAUGUUCUGUGUUGAGAGGGACCUGCGGCAAGCGUCCCAUCUGGCUUCCUUGCACCCACCGGUGCAGCAACAGUUGGGUAUGCACCUUUUUAUGACGGAUGGGUCCAUCUGAAUUCCCCAUCAGGAAGGACUUACCUGAUGGCUUGUGUGUCUGUGCUAGUCCCGAAAGGCGGGUUGCGAACACGGAUGAUGCGCAGACUCGAAACUGAGCUGACAUCACGAUUCGACUCCUUUGUGCGGUUGAUUCCUACCAUCUCACACGCUGACGCUUCAGGUCGAGGAUACCAGAUUUGGUCCUCACAAUGGAAUUGGCAACUGAUAUAUCACGUACAUACGCGAAAGUAUUCUUCGUGUACGGGGAAUCGUCACUUGAGUGAAUGAGAGACGCUAUGACCCCGUGGUUUUGUUGCGGAUGGAGGGAGGUCGCAGUCUGGCCGACUGCUCCAGCCCCCUUUUCCAGCGGGGCUGCGUAGACGCGCCGAUUGCGUUGGUGUUACGCCUCUAUCAGCAUCCUCCACGUUGGAGCUCAUCGGCUGCUCUUACGCUUCAUCGCGGUUUCUCCGCGUCGGGGCGUCCCGUUACACUGGUGGCAUGAUCGUCCGGUGGUGGACGCUGCCAGCGAUUAGUACGGAAUAUUUUCAAAGAGUAAGAAGAAAAUACUAUGGUUGGUCGUGCAUUCGAAGGACAAUAGAUUGGGUGCUCACAUGUAUUGCAUUCGAUUGGCCACAACCCCACCACCCAAGGGUUGACCUGGGGGGAUAAAACAGGAACGGCGUUUCUUUUAUACUCGAAAACCGCCCAACUCACAACUUUCGAGAGAUCUACGCCCUUGUUGUGUAAAGAAUUCUUCCUACUUACUGUGAGAAAAUUCAGACCAUUUACACGAGAGACACCAUACAAAAGGGUCCUCCCUCCCUCUACCUAUAUAAGCUAGAGGAAAUAUCAAAGCUUGAUUUAAUAUAUAUAACGACCCCCAAGGGCUCUUGAAAGGAGAGCUCGCCGACCUACCCGGGGACGGGGCCUGAUUGGUCGCGACCCACACCCACAGGUUUCUCUUCGUCUGUGUGAGGAGGGUUCGUUGGCCUGCUUAUCGCAGUCUUCUGGCUAU